UUUUCGGAAAAUUUCCGGAAGACCAUGUGCGCUGUCAAAAUUUCCUGGAAAUUGCUGGCAAAUAAAUCUCGCAAAGUCGGCAUAAAUUGCAUCAUUUAUCCAGUGAAAGUACGUGAUAAACGGUAAUCCCAGAGUGUGUGAUGCAAUGGAGCGUGUGCCGGAGAAUAUAAAUUUUCCCGAGGAGGAAGAAAAGAUCCUUGAGUAUUGGAAGAAGGAGCGCUGUUUCGAGAAAUGUCUGCAGCAAUCGAAGAAGAAGCCCAAGUACACGUUCUACGAUGGGCCCCCAUUUGCCACGGGACUCCCGCACUAUGGGCACAUCUUGGCGGGAACAAUUAAAGACGUGGUGACACGUUACGCCCACCAGCAGGGCUACCACGUGGACAGGCGCUUCGGGUGGGAUUGUCAUGGGUUGCCGAUUGAGUAUGAGAUUGACAAGGUGCUGGGAAUCCGUUCGCCGGAGGAUAUCCUCAAGUUGGGCAUAAAGAACUACAACGAUGAGUGCCGGAAGAUUGUGAUGCGAUAUGCCAAUGAGUGGGAACAAAUCAUUGGGCGUAUGGGAAGAUGGAUUGACUUCAAGAAUGACUACAAGACCCUCUACCCAACGUACAUGGAGACACUCUGGUGGAUCUUUAAGCAGCUCUACCAGAAGGGACUUGUCUACAAGGGGGUUAAAGUUAUGCCUUACUCAACAGCUUGCACAACGCCCUUGUCGAACUUUGAAUCCGGUCAGAAUUACAAAGAAGUCCAAGAUCCAGCUGUUACGGUGACCUUUCCCAUUGUCGAUGACCCCGAUAAGGCUGUAAUGAUCGGAUGGACAACCACCCCAUGGACACUUCCGUCAAAUCUAUCCCUCUGCGUGCAUCCUGAUCUCGAAUAUGUCCGCGUGAAGGAAGUCUCCACGGGACGUGUGAUUAUUCUCAUGGAAGCCCGUCUAGAGGCUGUCUUCAAGUCAGCAAAGAGCUAUGAGAUCCUCGAGAGAUUCCCCGGGAAGAAACUCGCCGGAUUGCGCUAUCAACCACUCUUUGAUUACUUCCUGAAGUACAAAGAUGUUGCUUUCCGGGUUCUCCUGGAUGACUAUGUAACUGAGGAAUCCGGUACGGGGGUCGUUCAUCAAGCACCCUACUUUGGUGAGGACGAUUACAGGGUUUGCCUGGCUAAUGGAGUGAUAACGCGUGAUCAGGAAAUCAUCUGUCCUGUAGAUGCAAGUGGACGAUUCACGGAUGAGGUUAAAGACUUCCGCGGGCAGUACGUGAAGGAUGCUGAUAAGAACAUCAUUGCGAUGCUGAAGAAGAUGGGGAGGCUGUAUCAUGCUGGAACAAUGAAGCACAGUUAUCCAUUUUGUUGGCGCUCAGACACCCCGCUCAUCUACAAAGCCGUCCCCUCGUGGUUCAUCCGUGUUGAACAUAUGCCCGAUCGUCUCCUCAAUGCCAGCUCCCACACCUACUGGGUUCCGGACUUUGUGAAGGAGAAGCGUUUUGGGAAUUGGCUACGAAAUGCCCGCGAUUGGGCAGUGAGUCGUAAUCGCUACUGGGGCACUCCCAUCCCAAUCUGGCUCAAUGAUGACGGGGAGAUUGUCGUGAUUGGGAGCAUUGAGGAGCUGUACCAGGAGUCAGGGGUUCGUGUGACAGAUCUCCAUCGAGAAGUUGUCGAUGGCAUUGAGAUUCCGUCCAAGAAACCCGGUGGGAAGCCACUGAGGCGCAUUGAUGAGGUGUUUGACUGCUGGUUCGAAUCGGGUUCAAUGCCUUUUGCCCAGCUACACUAUCCCUUUGAGAAUGCCGAUGAUUUUGACAUGCGCUUCCCGGCGGAUUUCAUUGCUGAGGGCAUUGAUCAGACACGUGGAUGGUUCUACACGCUUCUUGUCAUCUCAACGGCUCUCUUCGAUAAGGCUCCGUUUAAGAAUUUGAUUGCAAAUGGACUGGUGCUGGCAGCUGAUGGGCAGAAGAUGUCAAAGAGGAAGAAAAACUAUCCGGAUCCAAUGGAGGUGGUUCACAAGUAUGGGGCUGAUGCACUGAGGUUGUACCUCAUUAAUUCCCCCGUGGUUAGAGCGGAGAAUUUGCGUUUCAAGGAAGAUGGGGUGAGGGAUAUUGUCAAGGAUGUCUUCUUGCCGUGGUACAAUGCCUUCAGGUUCCUCUAUCAGAACAUUGAGCGUCUCCGGAAAGAGGAUGGUGUGGAGUUUGCCUACGACAGCACACGGAAGGCAGACAAUGUUAUGGACAUUUGGAUUGUUUCCUACAAGGAGAGUUUGUUGGAAUUUGUUGCGUCAGAGAUGAAGGCCUACAGGCUGUACACGGUCGUGCCGAGGCUGACAAAGUUCAUCGAUCAGCUGACCAAUUGGUACGUGAGGCUCAACAGGAGGCGGCUAAAGGGGGAACUCGGCAAGGAGGAUUGUUUGAUCUCACUCAAUACUCUCUACGACAUCCUCGUGACAAUGGUGAAGAUGAUGGCACCCUUUACGCCCUUCCUCACGGAUUUUAUGUAUCUGAAAUUGAAGGAUCUCAGCCCCGAGGAGCAGGGUGAGAGUGUCCACUACCAGAUGAUGCCGGUAGCCAAUAGGACACGCAUUGACAGGAAGAUUGAGCAAAGUGUCAGCAAUAUGCAGAGUGUUAUUGAACUCGGACGCAUUUUGCGUGAUCGGAAGACUAUUCCGGUGAAGUAUCCUCUUCCGGAGAUUGUAAUCAUUCACCCCAAUGAGGAAUAUCUCGAGGAUAUCAAAUCCCUGGAAGAAUUCAUCGUGGGUGAGCUGAAUGUUCGCAAAAUGAUUCUAAGUAGUGAUCGUGAAAAGUAUGGUGUGUCGAUGAAAGCAGAGCCGGACUUCAAGGCGUUGGGACAGAGGCUCAAGACGGACUUUAAGGAGGUCACUCAAGCUAUUCGUCAGCUCACUGAUCAGGAAAUCCAGGAGGGCAUAAAGAGGGAAUUCUUUGAAAUAUCAAAGCAUCGUAUUGAAGUGGAUGAGUUGCGAUUCCUCGUCCAGGUGGCUGAGAAUCACAAUCAAGAGCAACGCUAUGAGGCACAAACGGACAACAAUGUCCUCAUUCUUCUCGACACGAAUCCCAGUGCGGAGCUGCAGGAGGAGGGUCUUGCGCGUGAAAUAAUAAAUCGUGUGCAGAAACUGAAGAAGAAGGCGCAUCUCGUACAAACGGAUCAAGUGCUCGUCUUCUAUUCCAUCCUCCGGGAUCCCGAGGGGACCGUUGAGAAGGUAGCGCAUGAGCACAACAAAUUCAUCGAAGCGGCUAUUAAGAGUAAAUUCGCCAUGGAUGAUCUCACGGCACCCAAUCAAUUCCCCGAGAUAAUCAGCGAGAGCUCCGACAUCAAGGGGGCACAGCUUAUGCUGAGAAUUGUAAAUCCCAGUGGGGAGUAUCAACCACCAAGUACGAAGGUGCAACUUGUGGGCUUUCGAUCGCGCUAUGGCCCUUCCCGCGAUACCGCAACCAUCUUCCUCCAGAAUGCCAAGCGGGAGACAAUCUCCCUGGAGCGUCUCCGGGAGGAAAUAGCCAUUGCAUUUGGGCUCUACGGAUUGCCAUUCAAGGUCCGUUUCGGGGGGAAAGAUCUCGUGGAUCCACUAGCGGCCAGUGGGAAGAUUCUCAGCGUGGAGAAGUGAAGAUGAAAAACAAAAGAAAUCCGACCAAUUACGGAAUGAAAUAAUUAAAUUAAAUGGAAUGAAUUACAAGUUGAUUUGAAUUAAUUAAA